GCCUCGGAGCACACUGGGCGCUGCUCCCGCACCCAGAAGUGGCGGGAGCCGACGUUAUGGAAGCGCGGGAGGAGAAGGAAGCGCAGGUGGCUGCAUGGUUAAAGAAGGUAUUUGGAGACCAUCCCAUCCCACAGUACGAAGUGAAUUCACGGACCACAGAGAUUUUACAUCAUCUUUCAGAACGCAAUAGGGUCCGGGACAGAGAUGUCAGUCUUGUCAUUGAGGACUUGAAGCAGAAAGCUGGUGAAUAUGAAUCAGAAGCUAAGCAUCUUCAAGACCUUCUCAUGGAGAGUGUCAGCUUGUCCCCCGCCUGUCUUUCUAGCACUGGUUCCAGGUACCUGAAUGCUUUGGUUGAUAGUGCAAUGGCCCUGGAAGCAAAGGAUACCUCACUAACUAGUUUUAUCCCUGCAGUGAAUGAUUUGACCUCUAAUCUUUUUGCUACCAAAUGCAAAAAUGAAGAAAUCAAGCUCGAAUUGACCAAACUCGAAAAGAAUCUAACUGCCACUUUGGUAUUAGAAAAAUGUCUAAGAGAGGAUCUCAAGAAAGCAGAGCUGCAUCUGUCUACAGAAAAGGCCAAAGCUGACAAUCGUCUUCAGAAUAUGGACUUCCUAAAGGCCAAGUCAGAGGAGUUCAGAUCUGGAAUCAAAACUGCAGAGGAGCAACUUUCAGCCAGAGGUAUGGACUCAUCUCUGUCUCAUCAGUCAUUAGUGGCACUUUCAGAGAAAUUGACAGAACUGAAACAACAGACGAUACCUUUGAAGAAAAAAUUGGAGUCCUAUUUAGACUUAAUGCCGAAUCCAUCUCUUGCUCAGGUGAAAAUUGAAGAAGCAAAGCGAGAACUAAUUUUCUAGGAUGAAAAAGAUGAAUUGGGGCCAGACAGAUAGUAAAGAGGGAUGCCAUUGAAGCUGAGCUGACAAAGAAAGUAAACAUGAUGGAACUGUGACCACCCAGUCACUCACCCCCUGAUCCUGGCACUCAGACUGGGACAUUUCCCUGACUUGCCUUCACUGGAUUUCUUUGUCCUCAGAGGAGAUUGUCAUUAUGGGUCAUCGUCGUGGCACCUUGUGUGUUACUGCAUUUGUGCCUGAAUACAGUUUUCAGACUGAAAUGUGGGGUUGGCUUUCUCUGUUGUGGGCUGUCAGCCCCCUUAGCUCCCUUCCUCUCGCCCCUCUCCGGCCCUUCCCUGCCAGCUCCUUCUCCUCAGCUCCCCUCGGCCUCCAGAUAUCAGUCUGUGAUGAGAUGACCUAGUAGAGCGCCAGGCCAUGGAGCUAAACCCAGAUUUCAGAAUUUUCACGUCAGUAAUUUCAGAGGCUCAGAGAUUGAAAUCAUGGAGUUCUAGGGGUCAGAGAGAUAGCAGAGGGGUUAAGACACUUGCCUUGCAUGCACCUGAUUUGGGUUCGAUCCACAACACCGCCUGUGGUCUCCUGAGCACUGCAGAGCCAGAAGGCAGUAGGUGUGGCCCAAAAACAGAAUAAUAGAGAAGAAAGAGAGAAACCAUGGAAUUCUACCGUUUUGAUUUUCAAAUGACCACAGAGAGCCAGGAGUGUUGCUUAAGUGGUAGAGCACAUAUAUGUCUUGCGUAUACCAAGCCCUGAGUACUGUAUGUCCCCCAGAAGGUAUCGCCCUCACAAUAGCCCUAAGAAAUAAACACGAAACCACAGAGUUGGGGACAUAGUAAACUCCAGAAACUAGGGCUGGAGAGAUAGUUGAGGGGUUAAGAAACUCCGGGGUUGGGGCUGGAGCGAUAGCACAGCAAGUAGGGCGUUUGCCUUGCACGCGGCGACCCAGGUUUGAUUCCCAGCUUCCCAUAUGGUCCCCUGAGCACCACCAGGAGUGAUUCCUGAGUGCAGAGCCAGGAGUGACCCCUGAGCAUCACGGGAUGUGACCCAAAAAGCAAAAAAAAAAAAAAAAAAAAAACUCCGGGGUUGUUUCUGUGGUGUCUGGGGGACUGUACGGUGCUGGGAAUUGAGUCUGGCCCCCCCAUAAGCAAAGCCUGGGCACUAGCCAUGUAAACAAUCGCCCCAGCCUCAAACUUUACUUUUUGUAUGCGCUAACAGGGAUGGAACCAAGGACCUUGCUCUUACAAGGCAAAUACUGUAUUGCUGAGCCACACCCCAGCCUUUAGAUGCUUUUUUUGGUUUGUUUUGGAGCCACACCCAGUGGUGCUCAGGACAUACCCCUAGCUCUGCACUCGGGCAUCACUCCUGGCAGACCAUAUGGGAUGCCAGGGGUCAGACCCUGGUCAGCAUAUUUAAGGCGAGGUAAGUGCCCUACCUGCUGUACUAUCUCUGGCCCCCUCAGUGUUUAUUUAUUUAUUUGGUUUUGGGGCCACACCUGGUGAUAUUCAGGGCUUUCUCCUGGCUCUGCACUCAGAAAUUACUCUUGGCAGGCUCAGGGGACCAUACGGGGUAUGGGGGAUCACACCCAAGUUGGGCACGUGCAAGGCAAGCACUCUACCCACUGUACUCUAUCGCUCCAAGUCCAGGUGCUUCUUUCCCCAAAUCCACUUAACUAGUCCAGCCAAGGUGGCCCAAGCCCAGGAACCAGGGCCCAGUGCGGCCCCUGCCCUAUGGAGUAUGUCCUUGGGCAGUGUGCCCCACCUGCAGGGGAGGGCACCUCAGUGGGGUGUCUUUGCUUGUUCUAAAUCAGGAACUCAUGACCAGGGGAAUGGAAUGAGCUAUUUCCACUCCUGCUCCUUGGCAAGCAACCCAGGUCCAAAGAGCAGUGUGAAUGAAAGAGGUUUCUCAUCCAAAUGUGCCGAAGCUAUUCUAGGAGUCACUGGGGGCGACAGUGGGUGGGGCUUAAGAGCCCAAGCACUUGCUUGGCAUGCCGGAGGCUUGGGUUCGAUCCCGGCACCUUGUGGUGGCCUGAACACCGUCAGGAGCUACCUUACUGCUGCACUGAGCAGAAACUAGGGCUGGAGAGAUAGUUGAGGGGUUAAGAAACUCCGGGGUUGGGGCUGGAGCGAUAGCACAGCGAGUAGGGCGUUUGCCUUGCACGCGGCGACCCGGGUUUGAUUCCCAGCUUCUACCCCCGAGCUCUACUGGCUGCAGCCCCCGACACAAGCACCAGUAGACUGAGGACUGAGGGUGGGUAUCCUGGAGCCCUGGUCACUGGCCAGGAGGACUUCUUACCCGGACUUAUUUAUCCUAGGCGCUCUCCCUAAGCCGGGCCUGCUGGGUGUAUGGCUUGUAUGCAACACGGCUCCAAGAGGUCACCCUGCCGGCUUUAUUUAGUCUCCCGCUGCCCAGAUGUCCUUCUGACCUUCACACAGCUUCCCCUCUCCUCAGGCAGGGAAAUAUUUUUAGGUCUGGCUUGCAGCGCCCUCCCUCCCCUUUCCAGGUUUUAUUUAUUAAUUUCGUCCAGUUCUGCAGGAGCAGCUGUGGGCUGACAGCCUCGCCCUGUUGCUUUGGGGCAGAGAGUGGUUUUCUCUGCUGCUACAGGGUCCAGGUUUUCUGUAGCAGCCCCGAGCAGGAAGCCUAACUUUUGCAUUAAGAAAGUGACCUUAAGGGCUGGAGCGAUAAUAUAGCGGGUAGGGCAUUUGCCUUGCACACGGCCCACCUGGGUUCAGUUCCCAGCAUCCCAUAUGGUCCCCCAAGCACUGCCAGGAGUAAUUCCUGAGUGCCUGAACCAGGAGUAACCCCUGAGCAUCGCCGGGUGUGGCCCAAAAAGCAGAAAAAAAAAAAGAAGGGGUGACCUUAAAGGCAAAGUAGAAACACUAUUUCAUAGGACCACUGGACCUAGCAAAGGUUCUGUGUGCCCCAUCACCCUUCCGUCAUUUGCUCAUCUGGGACUAGUAUCAUGCAAUACUAUGUCUUAUGUAGCAGAACCACAAAAAUGAGGAAGAGAACUACAAUCUGAAAACUACAAUGUAUAAGUUCACAAAAUAGCAGACUGUAAAGGAAGGCUCAUUCCAAAAUUUAAUCUUGGGCCAGAGAGGAAAAACUGACAAAUCAAAAAUUAAAAAUCCCAGGGGGCUGAUUGCCUCACAAGUGACCAACCUGACUUUGAUCCCCAGCAUCCCAUCUGGUCCCCUGAGCACCACCAGGAAUAAUCCCUAAAUGUAGAGCCAGGAGGAACCCCUGAGCAUCCAAGGGUGUCACCCAAAAUUAAAACUAAAAAUCCCUACCACUGUAGUUGUUCUUUGAAUGUUUUUCUUCAGAGAGGGGCUGAAAAGCAGUAAAGUGUUUGCAUGAAGCCCUCUCGGCGGCAGUGCUGUGAACCACAGGGUCAAAAGUUAUUUAAAAAGUGCCACUAAGAUCCAAGUACAACAUUUAAUUUCAUGCAAUAUAUUUUUGAUUUGCUAGAGUUGGACUGGAGCAAUAGCACAACGGGUAGGGCGUUUGCCUUGCACGCGGCCGACCCAGGUUCGAUUCCUCCAUCCCUCUUGGAGAGCCCGGCAAGCUACCAAGAGUAUCCCGCCCACACGGCAGAGCCUAGAAGGCUACCCGUAGUGUAUUCAGUAUACCAAAAUCAGUAACAACAAGUCUCAUAAUGGAGACGUUAUUGGUGUCCACUUGAGCAAACUGAUGAACAACAGGACGACAGUGCUACAGUGCUACAGAGUUGAAACAGUUAUACAAAUGAGAAGGAUUUAUAUUAUUUUAUUUAUAUUUUACUUAUGGUCAUUAUAUAACUAUUAUAUUGAAUAAUUAGAAUUUUUUAUUUACAUAGAUUAAAAGAGCAGUCUAUCACUGCAACUCAUUGA